AGGUUGUCAACAACUGCUCGGAGCAGGACUGGGGCAGGAAGGGAAGUGUAAUUUGCUCGUUCGUUUGUUUACCGAGCGUGUUAGAAUAAGAUUUGUUUACAUAUCUUUGUGUUAGGUUAGAUUUUUUUUAGACGAUCCCGCCGACUUCACGUUUUAGUCUACUAUACAGCUAUGGUCGAUAAAGUUAUGGAUAUCAGCUAGCGUAAGCUAAAUGUCUUUCAGUCAGUUACAAUUGUCAGAAGUUGGCUAGUUCCAAGCUAGCUAGUAGCUAGCUACGUAGCUCACGUUAGAGCAGUGAGGAUAGGCUGCUAUUUAUUGUAAGCCUCUGAUAGCCUGCUGUGUGGCCAGCUAGAGCAACAGCACGUCUGUCGAGCUGCUGUAAACCUGUUCCCUUGUUUUGGACGCGAGGAGCUGUUUGAGAUACCCUACCAUGGAUCCGUUUGACAGUAACGUUGCAGCCAACCUCCCGAGGAACAUGAUUGAGAACAGCAUGUUUGAAGAAGAGCCUGAUGUUGUGGAUUUGGCCAAAGACUCCGCUGCAUUUCCGACGUUUCCUGCUCUUGACCCAGAUGAGGUGGUGUAUGAGCCUCGUAGCUCACGGUUGCUUGUACGAGGCCUGGGAGAGAAUGACAUGGACGAGGAUGAUGAGGACUGCGAGUCUUCAGCCCGUCUGCUGGGCAUGUCCUUCAUGAACCGUAGCUCUGCUCACAGAUCCAGCUCUUUCCCCUACACCAGACAGGCUCCACCCAGGUCUUGUUCACGACCCUCAGCCCGUACCACCGUUGUAUGUGUGUUAUUCCUGGUGAUAGUGGCCUCCAUGACCAUGGUGCUGUACUUCUUACCUGGAUGCACAUUUACCAAGGCGGGUUGUCGAAAAACCAACAAGACCACUCCCUUUGAGCCAGUUUACCCUCUGUCCACAAAUGGCAAACUGUUUCCAUGGGCACAGUUCCGGCUGCCUCGCAGCGUACGUCCUCUUAGCUAUGACCUCACCCUCAGCCCAGACCUCAACAACAUGACUUUCACCGGCCGCACUGUCAUCACCAUGUCUGUGCUUCACAACACCAAGAUCAUUGUCCUACACAGUGCUCAUCUCAACAUCACCAAAGCUACCUUCAAGCUGGGUGAUCAGGAGACCAGAGAUGUGACUGUCCUGGAGUACCAACCCAGACAGCAGAUAGCUGUUCAGUUUUCUGAGGAGAUGAAGGCAGGCCAGUACUGUGUUUUGACCCUGGAUUACUCUGCCAGCCUCUCACACACCUAUGACGGUUUCUACAACAGCUCAUACAUUCAUAAAGAUGGAAAGAAAAGGGUCUUAGCUGCAACCCAAUUUGAGCCACUAUCAGCUAGGAAAGCCUUUCCUUGCUUUGAUGAACCAGCCUUCAAAGCGACCUUUCUGAUUAAAAUCAGCAGGAAACCAAACUACAUGACUCUUUCCAACAUGCCUCAGGCUAAAAGCACACAGCUUUCCAAUGGCCUCAUGCAAGAUGAGUUUGAAAAGACCAGUGUUAACAUGAGCACCUACCUGGUGGCAUUCAUCGUCGCUGACUUCACCCCUAUCAGCAAAAAUGUCUCUGAAACUCUGGUGUCUGUGUACUCCGUGCCAGAGAAGAAGGAGCACACUGACUAUGCUCUGUACACCGCAUCAAAGCUGCUGGAGUUCUACAAUAACUUCUUUGAAAUUAACUACCCACUCAAAAAACUAGACUUGGUAGCCAUCCCAGACUUCCUGGCAGGAGCCAUGGAGAACUGGGGACUCAUCACUUUCAGGGAGACCACCCUGCUGGUGGGCAACCAGUCCUCUCCUCUGGAAAAACAAUUAGUUGCCUCCGUCAUAGCGCAUGAGCUCGCUCAUCAGUGGUUUGGAAACUUGGUAACAAUGAGCUGGUGGAAUGACCUGUGGCUCAACGAAGGCUUUGCCACUUACAUGCAGUACAUGUCGCUGCAGAAAGUCUUUCCCCAGCUGGACAUUGGUAAUUUGUUCCUAGCAGUACGCUUCAGAGCCUUGGACAAAGAUGCACUAAACUCCUCCCACGCUGUGUCGACGGAGGUUAAUAAUCCGGAACAGGUGGAAGAGAUGUUUGACUCUGUCUCCUAUGAGAAGGGCGCAUCCAUUCUCAUGAUGUUGAAUGCCUGGCUGCCAGGGGAACAACAGUUCAGAAAGGGUAUCAUUCAAUACCUGAAACAGUUCAGUGGAUUAAACACGGACACUGAAGACCUCUGGAACAGCCUUACACAGGUCUCUGUCUCGGCGCAGCAUCACAAUGUGUCAGAGAUGAUGCGCUCAUGGACGUCACAGAAAGGCUUCCCAUUGGUAACUGUAAGCCGCAAGGGAGGUCAGGUGACCCUCACACAGGAGCACUUCUUGCUCACGUCUGACAAAGCCACAUAUUCUUCCAGCUUGUGGAAUAUUCCAGUGACGUACGUAACUGACAACUGUAGUUUGGGCCAUGAUUGCAUACAGAUGUUUAAUCUGAAGACCAAGUCAGGGACUCUGGAGCUACCAGAAAGUGUAAAGUGGCUGAAGUUGAACUACAAAAACACAGGCUUCUACAUCGUCCACUACGGAGACGAGGGCUGGGCUGCUCUUAAAGAUGCUUUGUCCAGCAAUGUCCAUGUUCUUACACAGGAGGACCGUGCCUCGCUCAUACACAACAUCUUUGCUCUCUCCAGACUGGGACGUGUGUCCUUCUACCAAGUACUCAACCUGUUAACCUACAUGUCAAAUGAAACUGAGAGUUCUCCUGUGACGGAGGCCUUGUUACAGCUCAAUGUAAUCUACCGACUCCUCGACAAAAGACAAGAGGACAGUCUUGUAUCCCGUAUGAAGUAUUAUAUUUUGGAUCGGUUUGGUUCUCUGAUGGACAAACAAACGUGGGGAGAGGAGGAGAGUGUGUCUAAACAGGAGCUGCGCUCUGCCUUGCUGGGGUCAGCCUGUAGCCUGAAUCAAGAAAACUGCAUUCAGCAAGCCAAAGCCCUGUUCAAACAGUAUGACCAGUCCAAUGGGACCUCACGGAUCCCAGGAGAUCUGCAGCAAGUUGUAUUCACUGUGGCUGCUCAAUCAAAUGAAGAUUGGGUGACUUUGCUCCACAUGUACCACACUGUCACCUAUGAUGCAGAGAAGCGGAAAAUGCUACGGGGCCUAGCAUCCACUCAGGACGCACGGCAUAUAGUAUGGAUUCUAAAGGCAGGUCUGAGGGGGGAUAUCAUCCAGACACAAGAGUUGCCUUUGGUCAUCAGCACUGUGUGUAACGGCUUCGCCGGCUACUUGUUUGCCUGGGAUUUCAUACAAGAGAACUGGGACCGCCUCAUAGAGAAGUUCCCUUUAGGCUCCUAUGCCAUCCAGACAAUCAUCAAUUCUGCCACCUCUCAGUUCUCCACACAGGCGCAUCUUGAUCAAGUUCAGGGUUUCUUCUCCAGUCUGAAGGAGCGUGGCUCUCAGAUGAGGAGUGUGCAGGAAGCUUUGGAAAACAUCAGGCUGAACCAGCGCUGGAUGGACAAAAACCUGCCCACGCUCCAAAAAUGGCUCUAAUAGAGGCGCUCCAUCCAGCCUCUGCCCCACUGACAGGCAACAGGGGCGUGUCGUCAAGACAACAGCAGUGUUUGCACUAUUGUAGGACUGUCUCUUAACUCCCUUUAUCCAGGUCAGAGCACUAAUCAAGGCCAGAGGUUUUGCUCUAACUGGGUGGACAAGAUGUUAGAUUUUCUGAGAUUGAUCCUGUGAGUUGUGUUUGCUAGCUCAGGGUUGCUCUGAUUGUGUUGUGUCUGACAGGAAGUUGUCAGAUGCAAACACACACUCCUCACACUUUAUGCUGUCGACCAAACUUCUCCCCUGCAACUCUCAUCUAAACCUCAUGCCUGAGCAGACAAUCAUGCUUCACCCACACUCCUUGUGUUCAGCCUGCUCUCAGGCUCUUAACUGUAUAAGCUGUGUAAUGGCCACUUGGAAAAAGAGGAAGUAUGAAGAAUGUCAACAUUACUGCGUAUGUACUGUAUGCACUGUCGGUCCUGGACUUUCUCUCAAGUCGUUGGAUAUAUGUCGAUGCAGCUGUCAGGGAUUUCUCAGCGAUAAGAAGUUGAAAUUACCGGUACUUUAGAGAGGAAUUAUUCUUAGCAUUAAACUGACCUUGUAUCGCCGUGUUACGAAAUUGCUGCCUGCCCAUCUGGACUAGUUACUCGUGCAACCGGAAGCAUUUUCUAUAUUAAUCAUGGUUUGGCUAGAAGAUUGAUUGGUUGGUUGGUUGGUUGGUUGGUUGAUUGAUUGAUUAAUUGAUUGCUUCAAAUACCAAACUUGUGUUGGCAUCAAUUGAAUGUACUAAAAAACCUUCCCACUGUGUACAGUAGAUGGCGUACCGCACAACAGUGCAGGUUUAAAUCAACAACCAAUGUGUCUUAGGUGAGAGCACACUGGAGCCAAAUGUUUUUUUCUUUUUUUCUCUUCCAGUCAUAUGCCUAGUUUAGCUAGUUCGUUUUAUUUUAAUAGCUUUUUGCCUGCAGUACAGUCACUGUACAGAUCCAUUCUUUCACACGGUGUGCUUUUAAACUUGUAAUUGUUAUUAUGUAAAUAUGCUCAACCCUACAGCGUUUUCCCCUACGAUUUUGGAUGUUCUCUUUUAAACAUCUAGACAUUUUAGGAUUUGCUUUGUGUUGUGUGUGUGUAAAUAGAGUGUAAAGAGAAAAUGUAUGCAUAGAAUUGAGUCUUGAUCAAAUACUUUGACUGUAUUUCUUGAUUUGUUUGUUUUAAGGGCUAAUGUGCGUAUUGAAGAUACAAAGUGUAUAGAAUAACAUUUAAAUUGGGCAUGACUAAUCUGUCCAGUAAGCUAUUCAUCAGCCUAAUAAAAAUACAGAAGGUUUAAAGUUACUCCGAUGUUAACGGUCGUGUUGCUCCUGAGAAUGAAGAGUAGCCUAGCUAUUUAAUGAGUGUCUAAACAUGUUUUCCCACCUUUUGUUCCAAGAUUUUAUUUAAAUACAGUUGUACACUCAUCUUGAGCUUUAUAUAAAGUGGUACUGCUUACUUAUCCACUCCAUCACCGUCAUGAUGUUCAGGAUGACUGAGUCAAUAUAGUAGAGUUAGUGUUGUUCAAAGAAAAUAACUCAAUCUAACAUCUUCAUUUAUGUAAAAACCUUCCCCAAAAUGUCUUGUCACAAAGGCAACAGUAGUGUUACCUCCUCACUGCACACAGGUGGAAAACAUUUUGAAAAGGUUAUGUGUUUGUUGCUGCACCGGCGACUCCUACUAGUUGGUCAAAGUGGCUGCCAGGAUGAGUGGGAUCCAAGAGUGGACCAGACAGAGGGAAGGCUAGCAUAGGCCCUCUUAGUGAGAUGGCAGGUGGAAAAACACUGAAAGACACCAUGUGUAUCGAAGGCAUGGCUGUCUACAUCAUCACCAUGUGUGGAGGUUAGCAGUAUAAAACAUCACAGUACAGAGAGUUGUGCAUUCCAAACCAAAGUAGUAAUAAGUCUGUCAGACUUUACUUUGAAGAAUCGCAUUGCAGUUUAGAUCCGUCUAGAGGUUAUCAACAGUAUUGCCAUUCACUUAUUCCAUCCAGUCCAUCAUAGCUUAACAGACAUUGCUUAACAGAUAAUGCAUUAAGAAUUAAGAAUAUGCCUUUAAAAUACACAUCUUAUACUUUUAUGUCCUGGCUAUACCAUUUUUAUUCUGAAAGAGUGACACUUUUUUUUUUUCCAGCUGGCAGCAAUCGGAUGAAUAAAUCAGCUUUAUUGAGGCUCUGGGACUCUCUCAUCAUUUUUUAUUUAUAAAACAACUGUUUUAUUUGAAGUCAGUUGCGAUAAGCUUUAAGAGACAAGAGUUGCUGAUGUCAUUUAGGUACAAGGUUCAGUCAAAGUUGGUGAAUCGGCAAUGUGGCCGGUCUGAUGAGAGGAUUGUAGUAGAGUACCACAUGUACCCAAUCAGAUUGUCUUUGUUUUUGCACUGGGAUGAAAUGUUGCGGAUGCUUUUGAAACUGUGUUGCUCUUCAUGUGAAUAAACUAUAAAUAAAAGUUGUUUUCAGAAGA